GCAGAUAAAGUCUAAAGAGACCAGCAGGGUGCUGAAACUCUCUACUUAGCAGUACAGAACAGAUGACGAGGGCAUGGCGCCGGUGAAGGUAUUCGGGCCGGCAAUCUCGACGAAUGUAUCAAGAGUGUUGUUGUGCCUUGAAGAGGUCGGUGUGGGCUACGAGGUCGUCGACGUCAACUUCGCCGCCGGCGAGCACAAGGGCCCCGAGCACCUCGAGCGAAACAUUCCAGCCUUCCAGGACGGCGGGCUCAUGCUCUUUGGUGAGUUCCUAGUCUUUGCGGUAGUAAUUUCCAACACUAAUGGCUGGAGGCCGGGCCACGCCUGCCACCAUGCCCCCAGGCCACGCGCCGCCCCAUGACUUUGGUCACGGCCGCCAGCGCCCCACUGCCCCUAGCAGGCUGGCCGCGGGAGGUGGUCCCGGCCGCCGCGUGCCCCCCCGACCCAUGCGCUCCCGCACCAGCCGUGCGGUCCUGGCCGCUCAUGCCCCCAACCGCUACUCUCCUGCCGCCGGUUGGAGCCGUGCCCCCAUUGGCUGAAUGGCAUGUUGCGGGGAGCCGCGCCCCCACUAGAGGCCGCCGUGCCUCUAGGCUGCCUGAUGAAGCCUUGGCCACAGCUGCCGGCGCCCCGCCACGUCGAGCACGCAAGAGGCGGUCCCGGCUGCCAUGUGCCCCGUCGGCCCAUGCGCUCCCGCGCUAGCCGCGCGGCCCCGGCAGGAGAGCCCCCUUCACACGCUUGCCUGUGCCUAGAGAUAAGGGAGAAAAGGAGAGGAGAUAAGGGAGAAAGGGAGAGGAGGAAAGAAGAUAUGAUGGGGGAGAGAGGGGCUGCCUGUGGGAAAAAUAUUUAGUUCCAGUUAGUGGCUUCUGGGAUUAAAAGGGGUCUUUUGGUCCUGGUUGGUCCUGGUUGGAGCCACCAGCCGGGACUCGUAACCCAUUUAUCUGGGUUGGUGGCUCCAACCGAGACUAAAAGCUCCACUUUUAUCUCGGUUGGAAUCACCAACCGGGAUUAAAAGAGUUUCGAGAGACUAUAAAAUUUAGAUCCGGGACUAAAGCUCCUUUAAUUCCGGGUUCAAAAACGAUCGGGACUAAAAACACUGGAGGGAAGGUCUGUUUG